GUGUCUCGUAUGUUAGAGGAACACGAGUGGAUCAGUCAGGAGAGAGGCCUGUUCGGCCAGCCCAACACGGGAUACGACUUCAAGGUCAACAACCCUAAAGAGGCGGGCCAGAGGCUGAGGAAGCUGGAAGAGUCCAAGACACGACUGGAGAGAUCAGUCAACAAGAGAGCCAUGAACAUGUUGAGUCAGGCUGAGGAGAGGUAUAAUGACCUGAUGAAGAAGAAGAGGAUCGUAGAGAAUGACAAGUCUAAGAUCCUCCAGACCAUAGAGGAGCUAGACCAGAAGAAGAAGGAGGCCCUCAACAUCGCCUGGCAGAAGGUGAAUAAAGACUUUGGCAGUAUCUUCUCCACCCUGCUGCCGGGGGCUGAUGCCCGCCUGGCCCCUCCUGAAGGCUGCGGGGCCUUAGAGGGCCUGGAGUUCAAGGUGGCUCUGGGAAACACAUGGAAGGAGAACCUCACUGAACUCAGUGGAGGACAGAGGUCUCUGGUAGCCUUGUCUCUGAUCCUGGCCAUGCUGCUGUUUAAACCCUGUGUGUUCCAGGUCUCUGGUAGCCUUGUCUCUGAUCCUGGCCAUGCUGCUGUUUAAACCCUGUGUGUUCCAGGUCUCUGGUAGCCUUGUCUCUGAUCCUGGCCAUGCUGCUGUUUAAACCCUGUGUGUUCCAGGUCUCUGGUAGCCUUGUCUCUGAUCCUGGCCAUGCUGCUGUUUAAACCCUGUGUGUUCCAGGUCUCUGGUAGCCUUGUCUCUGAUCCUGGCCAUGCUGCUGUUUAAACCCUGUGUGUUCCAGGUCUCUGGUAGCCUUGUCUCUGAUCCUGGCCAUGCUGCUGUUUAAACCCUGUGUGUUCCAGGUCUCUGGUAGCCUUGUCUCUGAUCCUGGCCAUGCUGCUGUUUAAACCCUGUGUGUUCCAGGUCUCUGGUAGCCUUGUCUCUGAUCCUGGCCAUGCUGCUGUUUAAACCCUGUGUGUUCCAGGUCUCUGGUAGCCUUGUCUCUGAUCCUGGCCAUGCUGCUGUUUAAACCCUGUGUGUUCCAGGUCUCUGGUAGCCUUGUCUCUGAUCCUGGCCAUGCUGCUGUUUAAACCCUGUGUGUUCCAGGUCUCUGGUAGCCUUGUCUCUGAUCCUGGCCAUGCUGCUGUUUAAACCCUGUGUGUUCCAGGUCUCUGGUAGCCUUGUCUCUGAUCCUGGCCAUGCUGCUGUUUAAACCCUGUGUGUUCCAGGUCUCUGGUAGCCUUGUCUCUGAUCCUGGCCAUGCUGCUGUUUAAACCCUGUGUGUUCCAGGUCUCUGGUAGCCUUGUCUCUGAUCCUGGCCAUGCUGCUGUUUAAACCCUGUGUGUUCCAGGUCUCUGGUAGCCUUGUCUCUGAUCCUGGCCAUGCUGCUGUUUAAACCCUGUGUGUUCCAGGUCUCUGGUAGCCUUGUCUCUGAUCCUGGCCAUGCUGCUGUUUAAACCCUGUGUGUUCCAGGUCUCUGGUAGCCUUGUCUCUGAUCCUGGCCAUGCUGCUGUUUAAACCCUGUGUGUUCCAGGUCUCUGGUAGCCUUGUCUCUGAUCCUGGCCAUGCUGCUGUUUAAACCCUGUGUGUUCCAGGUCUCUGGUAGCCUUGUCUCUGAUCCUGGCCAUGCUGCUGUUUAAACCCUGUGUGUUCCAGGUCUCUGGUAGCCUUGUCUCUGAUCCUGGCCAUGCUGCUGUUUAAACCCUGUGUGUUCCAGGUCUCUGGUAGCCUUGUCUCUGAUCCUGGCCAUGCUGCUGUUUAAACCCUGUGUGUUCCAGGUCUCUGGUAGCCUUGUCUCUGAUCCUGGCCAUGCUGCUGUUUAAACCCUGUGUGUUCCAGGUCUCUGGUAGCCUUGUCUCUGAUCCUGGCCAUGCUGCUGUUUAAACCGGCUCCCAUCUACAUCUUGGAUGAGGUGGAUGCUGCCCUGGACCUCUCACACACACAGAACAUAGGACAGAUGUUGAGAACACACUUCACACACUCCCAG